AUGAUACAACAGUUGCCAAUAAAUGCGACUCAACCCCAUCCUCAGAUGGACCCAGUCAUCGCGCCCAUCGCCUCUGUGAUAGGCAUCAUCGGCGGUAUCGCAGGUACAUGGAACACUAUCAGCAAGAUUUCCGGAUUACCCGAGGCUUUUAGACAAGUCGAACAGCAUCUUCCUCUCGUGGAAAAGAUUUUGGAGAACAUCGUGGAUGAACUUCAAACCUCGACUCUCGACCCCCAACACGUGAAGGCUAUCCAGAACAUCGUCAGCUCUUGCAAUGAAAAGGCAAAGAGAUUGGACGGUAUCUUUGAGGAAAUCAAGCAGAAAUGCGAAAAGGAAGGGACGACGGAUUGGACUACACUUCGUAAAGCGUACAAAAAGACGCUUCACGGUAUCAAGGCGCGUCGAGUCGAGGCUCUGAUGAAAGACAUCUUGCAGGGACUGCAGAAGUUAGCACUGGAUCGAACUUUUCAACCAAAGAUUGGAGGAGAACUCGACUCGAUAUCUGAGGCAAUCAAGGAACUAUCUGAUGUCGAACCAUCUCUAGAGGACUCUGAAUUCGGACGCCAAGGCCCACUGGGAAUACAAAACAUCGAAUCAGGCGCCACCGGUUACCAAACCAACGCGGUUGGGGACGUCGUAAACCAUGGGAUAUAUGCGGUAAAUGGAAAUGGAAACACCUUUCAGAUUGGAGAAAGUGAGGAAGAGCAGUCUAUGAUAUCCUCCGAGAUCGAGAUGGUGAUUAGGAGCAAGGCCAUUGAUCUUAGCCAAAGGCUUAAGCUUAACCAUGAUGAGGAAGUUAUCCUCAUAAAUGAGCUCACUCAGGUGCCAAAUCAUACCUACCUUUGGGUUCACCUUACUUUUAGUGAGUUAGAGGAUAGUAUCCUUCUGACACCAGGCAACAUCCGAUUACAAGUUCGUGCCAUUCCCCGCACCGUCUCUGAGGCAUAUGAAAGGAUACUAUCGAAAAGUCGCGAUACUAGGCUCACGAAGAAGCUUCUCCAUAUUAUCAUCGCCGCUGCCCGUCCACUUACUUUGAAGGAGAUGAGUAUGGCCCUGGCUAUCGCCAAUAGAGAAGAUCUUGUGCGAGAGAAUGAUCUAGUACCAGAGGAGAGAUUUUGUAAUGAUGUCAGGCAGCUUUGCGGGCUUUUUGUCAUCAUUGUCGACUCCAAAGUCCAUCCCUUUUCGCGCGGGGUCGUCACUUUCAUGGGUGGAAGUGGUAGGAGACUAUCGCCGCUCCUCGAAGCCAAGGAUAGCGAUGGCCAGACCCCACUUCACCACGCUUCUAUGAACGGCUACGAUGAAAUUGUGGAACAGCUUCUUAAGGCUGGCGCUGAUGUCAAUACUAAGAAACCAAUCUAUGGCUGGACCCCACUUCACCACGCUUCUGAGAGCGGCCAUGACACGGUAGUACAGCAGCUUCUUAAUGCUGGCGCUGAUAUCAAUGCUAAGGAGAGAAAUGGCCGGACCCCACUUCACUGCGCUUCUGCGAACGGCCAUGACAUGAUAGUACAGCAGCUUCUUAAGGCUGGCGCUGAUGUUGAUGCUAGGGAUAGCGAUGACUGGACCCCACUUCACCACGCUUCUGUGAACGGCUACUAUGAAAUUGUGGAACGGCUUUUAAGGCUGGCGCUGAUGUCAAUGCUAAGGAUAGCUAUGGCCGGACCCCACGCUUCUGAGAGCGGCCAUGACACGGUAGUACAGCAACUUCUUAAUGCUGGCGCUGAUAUCAAUGCUAAGGAGAGCAAUAGCCGGACUUCUUAA